AAGAGGCCGCGAGAGCCCGAUUUCUAUCGUUUCCGCGGCUCCCUCUGGGCCCGCCUGUUUGGGAAGGAGCUUCGCCCCAGAGGGCGCGCGCGAUUUGCUCUCCCGGCGCGGCUUGUCGACUCGACUGGGGAAAAGAUUCGGCAGCGGCUGCAGAGGAAGGAGCCAAGUGGGGAGGAAAACCGCGGGAGCGUUGCGGCUCAAGGUCACUCCGGGCGUCAGCAAACCGGCACCCACAGCCCGAGGAAAACGCUGAACCUCCCGGACCCCCGACCCAGAGCCCGUCGAGAAAGGAAGAGGCUCUCCGGUGUAAGGCCUACCGAAGAGUUAUGUCAUUCUGAUUUUAUAGAAGAAAACAUAUUCUAUUUCAGUUUGGAGGAUUUCAUAUAAUAAUGUAUUCAAUUCCUCGCUCCCUUUCUGGAAUGGAAGGAGAUAAUGGACAUCCUAGGAAAUUUAUCUCUUUCCUUUUUAUUUUUGGCAUUACAUUGUUAUGUGCUGGAUUUUUGCUAUCAAUGUUUGUUUUGCAAACAUGUCCAAGUGGAGCCUUUGGUGACUGUAAAGGAGCUUUCAAAAUCAUUGGGCCUUUGCUUGCAGUUGUUGGACUAGUUUGUAUAAUUUUGGCACAAUCAAGAGCCAAAGAUUAUCUCAGAGAUGUGCAAUUGCAAGAUGAUCAGGUAUAUAGAUUUGUUUUUUGUCGAGGAAAUUGUCAGUUUGCUCAAUUCCUCGUCUUUGGGUUUUUAUUUUUAACAAGUGGGAUGCUUAUUAGUGUCCUUGGCAUAUGGAUUCCGGGAUGCAGUCAAGGAUGGCGCUAUCAGCAGUUUAACCAUAGCAAUACAUCUGGUAUUGAACUCCAGGACUGUGGAUUUCAUUCUGUUCAAACUAUGGGCCCUUUAAUUGUGCUUAUUGGAUUAUGCUUCUUUGUGAUAGCUCACAUUAAAAAGAAACAAAACUUAAACCUCAUCCAAGAAUCUUCAGUCAGUGAAGAACAACUGAAUUCUGAAUCAUUUCAAGUUACAGUAGGAGAUACUGUAAUGAUGUUUCCACCACCCCCACCACCUUAUUUUUCUGAUUGUUCACUGCAGACCAUAACUCCUAGCUUGGUAACAAGCGAACUUGUUUUAAAUGAAAAUCCUCCACCAUAUCACAGUAUUUUUAUUAAUUGAGCAUUGAGUGAAUAAGAAGCCUACAGAGAGAAUGAGUUCCACAGUAUCAGGAAACAGUUUGCCUUCUAAAACUUAAUCAGUUCAUUGUCAUUCCUCUGAGUCAUCUCAGAAUUACAAAGCAAAAGAAGCAGUUGUAAAUAAUGAAUGUGUCUUAUUUCCCUUCCAUAACUCAGCUAAUCCAUUACCAUCUGCUUAUCACUAAAUAUAAGAAAUUUUCAGAGCUGAAGCAGAAAGACGGGAAGGAACAGGGAUAAACAAAGACAAGACAAGAAAAGAACUACGGCAGGCAUGUCAAACUCGCGACAUCACAUGACGUCGCGCAACGUAUCAUGACUUUUUCCCCAUUGCCGGCAAUGGGGUGUGUACGGUUUCAGUAUGAUGCAUCUGGCCCACGGGCCGGCAGUUUGACAUGCCUGAACUACAGGAAUUCCAGAUAAAAAUAAGAUGAAAGGAGGAUGAAAAAGGCCACACCUGCAUUUCCUCAACCCAUUAAAGAGAGCAGUAGGUUGUACAUUAGGGAUGUGCAACCUUUUUCAACUCAAAGGCUUCCUCCAGGCAUAAAAAAUAUUUGGGGGGUAUUACAAAGAAAGUAGCCAGAACAUGGAUGGGGGAAAUGGGCUUGCCCAGAAACAAGUGGCUAUAUUUAUUUCCUACACAACAAAGGAAAUGUUAGUGAUUGUUAGUGUAAAAUAAGUUGAUUCCCUUACCUGUAAUAUACUUUGCCAUCCAGGCCACUUCUAUAGCAAAUGUAUAUCUGUUAACCUGCACAUCCAUUUUUCUUAUUGGUCCUAUUGCAGGGAUAGUAGCAGCAGCAGCAGCAGCACAAUUUCAUGAAGGCUGCUUGAAAUCCAGACGAUAUGCUGAAAGAUGCUUUGACAUCUUGAGUUAAAAAAAAAAAAAGGAACCAGGAAGUUGGCUGAACACCCUGCCUGAAGUAGGAAGCCAGAAUGAGUAAAAAAAAAAAAAAAAGGACAACGGCGGUUUUACAGGCUUAUUUGCUGGUGUUAGAAUCCAGCAGUUCAUCAGUGUUAGAAAGGUCAGGAGAGUAUAAAACUAUGCAGAUGUUUUCAUUUGCUGAGUGAGCAGGAAAGAACUUGCAAACAAGUGAGUUGGAAGCUUUGCUACCAUAAAAGUCACUUGACUGCUCACUAAGCAGCCAGAAAGAGACAUUACUCUAUGGAAGGUCAGGAAGAAGAGGUAGCAGCCGUGGGAGGUGUGUCUUGUGAUGCUUCUUAGAGAGAUUGGUACUUCAUGGGCUUGGCCACAGUCGAGAAUUAGGAAAUGAGGGAACAUAUUGUGACUUCUUGGUUCGCUGUGCUGUGCUGUGCUUCAAAGGUCUGGCCUUCUGCAAAGAGAGGGCACAGAAAAAGGACAGCAAAGAAGUAUGAACCUUUGGCAAUCCUUAUUAUAACGUAUAGACAGUGCUGGGAUAUGCUAGUGCCACUUCAACAUUCAGCAGCGACUCUUGAUAGCUCUGAGAGUCUCUGAGUAGAUGGCCCACUCUUCAUGAGCCACAGGCCAUACACUUUCAUUUCAGACGUCAAACCAUAAGGCAGUGAUGGCGAACCUUUUAGAGACCGAGUGCCCAAACUGCAACCCAAAACCCACUUAUGCAAUGCCAGGUGCCGGGUGGAUGUGGCUCAUCAGGUGGGUGUGGCCCAUUGGG